AUGACCGACGAGAACCACGUCCGUCUCACUGAGGUUCAACUAAUCGAAUCGGAGUUUGGAUAUCCUUUAGAGGAUUGUUAUAAACUCGCUGUUCAGUAUUAUAAGAAAGAACACGUUGGGAAGCAAGAACCAGUUCCGUAUGAGGAUCGCAUCAAGUUGUUGUCAUUGAGCAAGCAGAUCCAACACGGUCCAAUCACUGAUGAAUUUGACAAUGCCGGCUGGUUGGAUAUCACUGGAAAUGAUGUGAACAAAGCUUGGCGUGAAUUGGGCUCACUGUCUCGCGACGAAGCGAUGGCCUCGUUCGUCUUCCUUGUCGAUCGUGUCUGCCCGCCGUUCAAAGGAUUCAUUUCGGAUAAGAAGGCGAUAAAAGACGCGGAGCUGAAGGAAUUCGCCCCGCAAGUCACCGAACAAAGCGCCCAACCGCCGUCACUUCAACAAGUUGAUCAACGACUUUUUGAGGAUCAGAGAAAACAAAUCCAGGACGCUCUAAACGCCCAAACGUUCCACCAAUUCUCUGCGUACGCCCAAGAGCAAUUCCCUGGACAACCGGAGCAACAGACUACUCUGAUCCGACAGCUCCAAGAGCAACACUAUCAACAAUACAUGUCUCAAGUCUAUGCUCAACAAUCACCCAAUCCAAAUGGAGAAUUGAGUGCAGAGGAGGCACAUCAACAGGCGAUUCGGAGGGAUGACGACUCGGAUGUGUCGGAUGAUGAAGCUGGGGAGGAUUUGCCUUCCAACCCUGCAAUCUCGCCUGCUUCACUCUGGAAUCGACAGGACAUUAAUGAGUUCAAAGCGAACAUUAAAAAGGAUGGAACCGAGGGAAUCAUCAAGGUCGGACAUGGAGAGACGGUGACGGUUCGAGUACCGACUCAUGAGAAUGGAUCUUGUCUCUUCUGGGAAUUCGCAACGGAUCAUUAUGACAUUGGAUUCGGAGUCUACUUUGAAUGGACAGUGGCUGAUAGCAACCAAGUGUCGGUUCACGUCAGUGAGUCGGAUGAUGAGGAGGAUUAUGAUGAGGCGAUUGAGGCGGAACAAGCGGAAGGUGGAGCACCUGGAGGAGCUCCGGGGGAUGUUGAGAGCGGAGCAGCGAUGCAAUCGAGGCGCGUCGACCCGAACAAGCCACGUCAAGACGAGAUCAUUCCAGUCUACCGUCGAGACUGUCAUGAAGAAGUCUACGCGGGAAGUCAUCGUUAUCCGGGACGCGGAAUCUACUUGCUCAAAUUCGAUAACUCUUACUCACUGUGGCGCUCGAAGACUCUCUACUACCGUGUCUACUACAGUAAAUAG